AUGUGGUUAACAAUCCUCACCCUCCUUCUCAUCUACACCCUCGCUCUCGUAAUCUACCGUCUUUACUUUCAUCCCCUUUCCUCAUUCCCAGGUCCGAAACUCGCCGCCGCCACAAAAUGGUACGAAGCAUACUAUGAUCUCUUCGUAUCCGGAGGUGGCCAAUUCGUCUUCGAAGUCGAGCGUAUGCAUGAAAUCUAUGGUACUCCGCCCAUACAUAAACCUUUAAUUCCCAAGACUCACACAACCACAGGUCCGAUCGUGCGAAUCAAUCCCCACGAACUUCAUAUUAAAGACGCCGAUUGGUAUGAGGUAUUGUACACGAAAUAUCCUACGCAAAGAGAUAAAUACCGACCCGCAGCCGAAAUGGCUGGCGCGCCAUUAUCUGCAUUCGGAACAUCCGCCCACGCUCUCCAUCGCAAGCGCAAAUCAGCAGCCUCCCCUUUCUACUCCACGCGUGCUAUUUCCGGCUAUGAGCCCGCCAUACGGGACUUUGCUACGCGUCUCUCAUCUGCUUUUCAAGGCGUCUACGAGACAAAAGGUGUCGUCGACACGAAAACCACGUUUCUCGCUUAUGCAUCAGACUUGCUUUGUGAGAUAGCUUUUGGUGGUGCGUUGGGUUUGAUGGAUGAUGAAAUUAAGGCGAGGGAGUGGGCGGAGACUAUGGAAUCACUUGCGCUAGCUACGCCAUUGGUGAAGCAGUUUACUUUUCUAGCGGGGGUCGGCAAGUUGGCGCCGAGAUGGAUGUUGAAGUAUCUCGGGCCUGGGGGAAGGGUUUUAGGACUACAGUUUGAAAUGCAUGAUCGUGCUGCCGACUUCCUUAAAUCCAAAAACUCGAAUCCUGGAGACGGAGAUAGUAAACAGCGGUUUUUGGAAGUGAUUCACACCUCUUCUCUGCCGCCUGAGGAAAAAGGCGUGGAGCACCUCGCCCAACAUGCAUUUGGUCUUUUGGGUGCCGGUGGGGAAACACUCGCGAGAGUCUUGAGCUCGACGGUAUUCUUCAUCCUAGACACACCCGAAGUCCAUGCGCUUCUAAUGCAAGAACUUCGAACCACAAUACCCUCUCCAACAGACCCAAUUCCAGAUCUAAAAGUCUUACGAACUUUACCAUAUCUCACCGCAAUAAUCAAAGAAAGCCUUCGAAUCACCUCCGUGGUAUCGAGUCGACAACCUCUCGUCUCGCCAACUCCGCUAUCGUAUCCGCCCUGGGUUAUCCCCGCCAAUACCCCAACAUCCCUCUCAACCCGCGAUAUCCUUAACGACCCAGCCAUCUUUUCCAACCCUUCUACAUUCAACCCGUCAAGAUGGCUCGACCCCAAUUCCGCUUCUUUGGAAAAGUAUUUCGUGCCGUUUAGUAAGGGGUCGCGUUCUUGUCCUGGUUUUGAAAUCGCAUACGCAGAAUUAUACAUCACACUAAGCACACUUUUCCGUCGCUUCGAGCUCGAGCUAUACGAUACGAUCCGAGAACGCGAUGUAGAUUUCAAGCGAGACUUUUUCCUAGCGGGACAGAGUGUUGAGGGGAGGGGGGUGAGAGUUAGGGUUUUGGGAAUGUGUGAGUAA